AUGUCGCUGGUCAAGAUAAGCCAUUCUGGGCCCUCCAUAGCUGUCAAGUUCGAGCGAGAGUGGUGUAUUGUUGGUUAUGGACCAUAUAUAAAUAUUUUCAAUUACCAUACCGGUGUUGAAGUUAACCAAUGCCAGGUUUUCCAUAAGAAUAAGGUGCAUGGAAUCAGCAUAUCUGGUGAACGGGUACUUAUAUAUGGGAGUAGAUCGGUUUGUGUUGUGGAAUUUGACAAAUUGCUUAAGGAACGAGAUGUCCUCCGGUAUGAAAAGCUCAACCAAGAGUGGAUUAUUAGUGGUGAAUUUAGCCUUGAUGGGGAAUCAUGUUACUUGUUAACUAGUUACAACAAAGUAUUGGUUAUUAAUCUUUGUGGGACGAUUUUGGACGUGAAGUUUGUGUAUGGAGAACGCUCAUUGUUGUACUCGGGAUCUAUAAAAGUUACACCACAGAAGAUAUAUGUGAAUGCGGGAACGGUAAUGAGUGGGGUUAUUAUCUGGACUCUGCACGAUCAAAAGAAACUGCAUGCAUUGAAAGGACAUGAGGGGUCUAUUUUUGCUGUAACCAUGAGUGAAGAUGCAAAUCUAGUUGCAAGUUGUUCUGAUGACCGUUCCAUAAAACUCUGGAACUUGCACACUGGUCAACUCCUUUCCACCGUUUGGGGUCAUACGGCUAGAAUCUGGUCUUUGAAGAUCUUUCAGAAUGGUAAGAAAGUUAUAAGUGUUUCUGAGGAUUGUACCUGUAGAGUCUGGGAUGUAUUGGAUAACGAGUUGGUGGAGUGUGAUAUCUAUAAUGUUCAUUCAAUGAAAAGCGUUUGGGGUGUUGAUGUUCAAGAGAAUGACAUGAUCGCAGCCACUUCAGGUAAUGAUGGCAAGAUAAACUUGAUAGAUUUAUGUACCAAUGAUCGACAUGGAGAUGAGCUUACCUUUUUCUCUGUAAAUGAUAUAGCUGAAUGCGGAAUUCAGUUCACGCAAAACGAGAUCAUUAAAGGGUUUUAUUGCUUUGAAUUUGGCAUCAUUGCAGUCACAUCAGAAGGUCAAAUAUUAAGGUAUCUUAAAGCUACAAAUGACUGGGUGUUGUUACUAGUUGAUAAAAGACUGAAGAGCUACUCGCUUGUUAGUGGGAUCGAAGCGCUAAAUGUACUCAUAAUCUCUAGUAACAUAUCUGUGCUGCUUUUAUUAAGUUUUGAUUUAGAGGGUAACAUAUCUAUUCAAAAAGAAUACAAACUGCUUAGUAUCUCGAAGAGUACAAACUGUCUUGUAAGUACUCAUUAUAAAAAUAUACUGGUUGUUGUGGAGUCUCCAAAUCCAAGAGAUCCUCUUGUAUGUCUGGACUUUGAUUCCGAAAAUUUAGAUAUGAUUCAGGAAGUUCAUUUUACUAAACCGUUGAAUUUUGCUUCUAGCAGUCUAAAUACUUUCGAAGAUUAUAUUUUAAUAGGAUCACGUUUUGGCACCUUGGCAGUUUUUGAUAUUCGCGAUGUAAGUUAUGACUUUAUAAUCAGGAAUAUUUGCCCUGGUGAUACUACCACGUCUCUCACACAUGUUGGAAAUUCUAUAUUUUCUGUCACGAACAGAGAUGGAUAUAUGAACUUUUUAUCUGUUGAUUUUUCCAGUAGGUCCUAUAAAUUGGUUCAUUCAAAUAAAAUCUCGAAGGGUUUCUUGGAAGGUGGGGAAUUCAACUCAGAUGGUGAUUAUAUUAUUUACGGUUUUAAGUCGAAUAGUUUUUAUAUUUACAAUGAAACUAAGCAGCUUGAAUUGGCAACUGAAAUAUGUGGAGGUGCCCAUAGGCAAUGGAAGCUCUGUUUAUUCGAAUCGGAAUACAUGUUUUGCUUUAUAAAAGCCUCCACCCUAUACAUACGGAAGUUUUACAAAUCAUCUUUUCCGCGUUCAUUGAAAAAUGGUAUUCAUGGUAGAGAGAUUAGAGAUAUUUCGAUUAUGAAAGAGCAUUCAUAUAAUAAUGGGUACCUGUUUGCAACCGCAUCUGAAGAUAGCACAAUAAAACUUAAUCAUUUCGAUCCCAGAUCGGGAAACAUUACAAUUCAUUGGACUGAAAGACAACAUGUUGGUGGUAUGCAACGCUGUAAAUUUAUUAAUAAUAAUUUUUUAGUUUCUUGUGGUGCUAAAGAGGAAUUGUUUUUGUGGGAAAUUACUGAGUCUCCGGAAAGACCAUAUAUUGACUUAAACACCAAAUUACCUUUCUCUUCAAAUAAUCCAGAUUUGCGCAUUAUGGACUUCAGUUAUUUGUUUAUUGAAUCUACUAAAAAGUUCAUUUUAGCGACGGUUUAUUCGGACAGCAGUGUUAAAAUUUGGGUUUAUCAACCGAAGACCAAAGAAUUCCAGUUGCUUCUCGCUGAUUUGUAUACAUCAUGUUGUAUCUUAAAUGUUUCAUUGGUUAUCCUUUCAGGCAAGUUGUAUUUGCUUAUUGCUCCUACCGAUGGUCACCUAGUAUUAUGGGAUAUUACCAACUAUAUUCCAUUUGAAGUAAACAGGAGUAGGCUGGUAGAUAAUAAUUUGGAUGUGUUUACUUUGAAACUACCUGAAUAUUGUCAAAGAAUCAAAGUGCACCAAUCGGGUAUCAAGGCAUUAGAUCUUGUUGUUAAAGAAAAUGGAUUCACUGUAUAUACUGGUGGCGACGAUAAUGCCCUGGGUAUUUCUUCAUUUAAAAUAGCCGAUGGUGGGACGUUACAGGCUUCUGUUGUAUUCUUUGAACCAAACGCUGCUUCUUCUACCAUAACCUCUGUACACCUAAUAAGAAACCAUUCACAGUUACUUGUAACAUCCGUAGAUCAGAUUAUCCGUGUCUGGUCCAUCGUUGAAAAUCGUCUAACGCUUAUCGAGAAGCAAUACACAACUGUUGCUGAUACUGGUUCCUCAGAUUUCAUCGAUUUGUCCGAUGAUACUUAUAUCUUGAUAGGUGGAGUAGGAUUGUCAGCUUGGAAUCUAAAGAAUUAA